AUGUGCCCUGUGGAGGUGAGGGGUGCCUUCACCCUUGACUUGCGUCGCAGAGAUGCUGUCAUAGCUCUCGCUGUCUUCCUCGUGGAGUCUGACUUACAGGUAGGUGGUUUAUUGAUUGAUUUCAGGUAGGUAGGUUAUUUGGCUUUGUAACCGUUUCAACAGGAAUCCUGGCCCUGUUUCAAUGCAUCCUUCCUCCUUUCCCAGAUGUAGCAAAAUUGCAUGCAUGUAGGUAUUCAGCUUUGCUUGUUGGAGUGGCUGUGUGUAUUCUGGCCAAUCUUGUUAGAUCGGUGAUUAGGCUAUGAGAAAGGAUGAAAGGUAUAGUGAGUUUUGGAAGUACUUAAACUAGGCCAUGCUAUGUCACAGCAUACACCCACUCCAUAGGUAGACAUUAUUAUUAUAAAGCCAAAUCACAUUAUUCAGAUGUCACAGGCAAGGGAACUGCAGCAGCUCCACACAGAUCAACAAAGUAAGCUAAUUGGCCUAAUCGGUUUGAGCUAGUGAUUAGACCUGGUGCUGCUGUGUAAGCUACUAAAGUCCAUCACAACAAGACAUGGCAUGGCAGGCCACAGAAAUACACCUUUUGAGAAGCUAUCAAUCCCCCAACACACGCACACACACACGCACCUACACACUUUUUGAUUAUGGGGUGAACUGUCCCUUUAAGAGGAGUGAACAAGUGUGUACUGUGUGUACUGUAAGUGUGUACUGUACUAGUGUGUGUACUGUGAUGGUAAGGGUGUAUACUGUAUUGUGUACUGUAAUUGUGUACUCUAAAAGUGUGUGUACUGUGAUGGUAAGGGUUUGUAUUGUAUUGUUUUGCCCCUGCAGCACAAGGAAACAGUUGUUCCUUACUUGUUGACCCUACUGAGGGGAUUGCCAAGGGUCCAAUGGAUCGAGGAGAGCUCGGGAAAGAAAGGAGGGGGUUCAGACAAUCUUCUUACUCAUUGCAUUUUUCAUCUACAAGAACAAAGUCCUGUUCACACAAAGCAUCUCAGAGUAUUAGUGCUGAUCUAGGAUCAGGUCCCCCCUCUUAUUCAUUAUGAUUUAGAAGGCAAAACUGAUCCAAGAUCAGUACUCCUACUCUGAGAUGCUUUGUGAAUAUGGGCCCUGUUGUUUACUUUUGAUUAGUUUAUUAUUGACUUUAUACUUAUACUAUACUAUUACAAAUAAUUUUUUCAGUGUCAUUGUAGUAUUGUUUAGUUAUAUUUACAUUUAUUUGGACCGUACAUUGAAAUACGUUUAGUUGUUUUUGUAAUAUAUAUAUAGGCCUACUGCCAUUGACAUACUUUAGGCUACAUUUGCAAUGUCAUUGCAGUGUGACUUUACUAAACUCCCCAUGUUGCCUCAACAGCUUUUUAUAUGGCUCUGAGUGUGCACACAGUCAAUGUCCCAAAUGCAGUCACAGUAUUUGCUGUUUGAUAACUGUACUGUGUCUCUCCCCCUCAGAGGCCCUCCCCAUUGCGGAGAACUUUAGCUUCUGUCUGGUGACCCUGCUGGCUGAUGUGGCCCAGAGAGACCCAGACUCCAGAACCCAGGUUUGUGGUAACAAUAGGCUUUAUAGCACUGUGCUAGGAAUUAAUAACUGUUAAUAACAGCGUUAUAGCACAGUGCAAGGAGUUCAAUACUGUUAACAUAAUUAUAACACUGUGUAGGAGUUAAUAACAACAUUACAGUACUGUGCUGGGAAUGAAUAACUGUUAAUAACAGCAUUAUAGCACUGUUCUAUGGAGUGAAUAUCAGCAUUACAGCAUCGUGCUAGUUAUUAACUGUUGAUAACAGCAUUUUUUACUAAGAAGUCCCCCUCUGCCAUGUCUGUAGAUUCUGGAGGCUGUUAUGGAGGUAAUGCAUGGGUUUCUGGAGAUGUGCCAGACUCCAGAGAACCACGACAAAGGUACCGACACACACACACACACACACACCUCUCUCUCUGCAGUCAUAGCAUGUAGCACAUUGUGUGCAUGUUUUUCCUGAUGUGGUGUGUGUGUGUGUGUGUGUGUGUGUGUGUCUCUUCUCCAGUCUACCUGUGCAGGUACAUCUUUCCCUGCCUGCUGGGUGUGAUCCGGGCAUUUGGUCGCUACAGCAACACGGAGGAGGCCCUGCUGUCCAAACUGUUCCCUCGAGGGGUGCCACAGACACCUCGCGUCAGCGAGGAACCGGAAGGAAUACGGCGGAGGUCCUUCAACGACUUCCGCUCCAUCAUGCCCAACUCCCUGCUCACCGUGUGUCAGGGGGAUACGAUCCACAGGCGCACAUGUACCGCCACGGACACCUCACAGGUAGGACUAUUGUAAACCCUGGGCUUGUUGUUGUUGACUGUCCGGUUGUGGAAGGAGUUAGGGUGUUUGUGUUUUAUGGGAGAUGGACACACACACACACGCACACACACGCACUGUUUGUCAGUUCAUGUUAUGACGGCAUGGAACAUCUCUCGUCCUAUAGGUUAGUCCGGACCCAGCAGGCCAGUCCCCCUGCUCCCCUACAGGUCCUGGCCUACACUACUUUGAAGGUAAAACCAGCUGCAUUUAAUGAAGUAGUUCCCUCCCUUCUGCCCUCGUCGAUCAUGGGUCUGUUUUUAUACAGUUAGUCAACAUUGUCAUGAUUCUAAAUUAAGUGGAGGGUUUUAGGCGUUGGUUCUGCCUCUCCUCAGCUUAUUGUUUCAGCUGUGUGUGUGAGUGUGCACGUGCAUGUGCGUGGUCAUUUAUGAGGGAUAAUCAUUUUUCAGGAUAUUAACCAUUUUAUAGUCCCAGUUCAGUAGCCGUAGCCAAGCAGUCUAAAAAUGAAGUUGUUGUGCGUGAUUGAGACAACAAAAUCUGACAAAAUGGGGAAAACAUUUUUAAAUGUAGAGUCAGCGAUGCACGAACGUAAAACGGCAAUAUCGGGCCGACUUCCGCAAAAAUCCAAAGUAUGAACCGCGAGGCUAAACUUCACUUCUGUUUUUGUCCCGCGUUUAUCACGUUGCAGCAGUGGGAAGCGCACCAGUGCACUUGCGCUGAUUUUUUUUGCGAGUGCAACGUCUUGGCUCGCCCUCAUCUGCAAUAUCCUGCUACCUGUAGCAACUUUACAUCGCUGAGUCUCCAUUUAAGAUGAAUGAAAAUUAUGACAGAAGUGUAUCUCUCCCUCUCCAGGUUCCUAUCUUCCUGACGGUAGCGCAGUGGACCCAGACUACUACUUCAUGACUGUUAGCUCCAGCUUUUCCGUGUCUCCUCUUUUCAUCAGGGAGGGCGAGGGGGAGAUGGAGGUGCCUGUGGAUCUGCUCAGACAGCUCCUCAGCAUGGUACACUACCACACAGCAGGACUAUUACUGUCGGCUGUAGCACUCACACAUUCACAUCUCCUUGGUUAGAACUAAGAGCAUAUAGCACAGCAAUUUAUCUUCAAAGCCUGUGGGAGAAGGAAAAAUGUAUUGUUUGUAUGAAUUAACCUAAUCCGUAUAAGUUGUCAAUGUGUUAGUUGUACGUGCUACGAUUAUGAAUUCUGCAUCAACAUUUGAAAAUGUUAUUUAGUUUUUUUGCACAAGUACUUGAUGUACAGUGUCUUGUAAACCCAUAUAGGCUGGGCACCAAAUGGUGUAUUACACUGAAAUAAAUCAAUAUCCAAAAAUUGAAAUUACAGCAAACAUGUAUGGCCAUUGGUCAGUUAUUACAUGCACUGCAUUCUAAACGGAUGUUGUUUUUUCAUGUGCAGGUGAAGAGCUUUUUGUCUGACUCCUUCCUGAAAACACUGGACGCCACAAUGGUGGAAGUCACUGAGGUGGGGAUUGGUUUUAGGGCUGACCCCAUUUAGUCGACUGGUCGAUUGUUUUGGUCACUAGGCUGUUGGUCGAUCGAGAUUUCUUUAGUCGAGCAGUAGAAAAAUAUUAAUGGUGUACAAGACACCUGUCUGAGUGGAUUAAUCCAUUGUGGAGGCCGUGGGGAUGGCACAGUCUACUAAGACAUGUGCUACUGAAAUUAUAUAUGGUUAUAUUACGUAAGAACAAUGGUGCAACACUAACAAAUGCGCUUUCUCCCACGUUGGAUAGUGGUCGCUCUCCGCGGUUCUGGAACAUCAGCACGCUGUUGAAUUGGCGUCUAUUGCUAGACCAUGUUGCUAUGUGCUAGCAAAGUUAACCAUCAUAUUGGUGUUGAGAACAAUGCAACGGAGUUAGGAGACUUGAAAACAGCAAUUGCCUUAAUUGUCUAAGAAAAGUGAGGAGAGAGGAAACCCCAACUUAAUUAAAUCUAUAGUCAAUAUCCUAAUGUGCCUGGCUUUAUAAAUCAUCCAUAUAUAUCUACAGAAAUAAGACAGAUCCUGCUUCUGUUUGAGCGUUUGUUUAAUAGCCUACUGAUUCCAUGAGCAUCAAGCCUCACGCAGCCACAACAUGUCGGAUAAAGAAUUUCACAAAUUCGGCUGUUUUUAAUCUUUGCUUUGCUGUACUGAAGGCUUUACACUUUUCUUUGUUCGAACAGCUCUCUGGUAUUACUAAUUAUUUAUUUCGUGUUUACACUCUUCCAAAUUGUCAGAAAAAUAAUAUUUAUAAUAAUAAUAAUAACCCUCCCUUUUUCUUGAUUUCCUUAUUGUUAUUAUUAGUCUUAUUAUUAUGAUCAUCGUUAUAAUAAUAAGUAAUGUCUUAUCAUUACUUGGCUUAGUAUAGCAGCCUUGUAUAACCACCAUCGAGCUGUAGGCCAAAGAGCGCAUCCGGGUUAGUCUUAAUACCGUAACUUCCUUAGGCCUAUAUUUCAAUAGUUACAGUGUAUAGGCUACUGUAUCAAUCAAUAUUUAUUUGUUCAUGUCAUCACACAGCAUAUGAAUCACACACAACUUUUCAGUCAGAAAUAGCUUCAGCAACACGGACAGCGCGAUAAACACUGUUGAAGUUCUGUAGUGGUCGCUGCAGCAUGGAGGAGAGGGAGACAACGGGUGCUAGUCACACAGUCAUGCGCUGUCAUUUUUGUUAACACAGCGCAGCAAGUCUGAGCACAAUCAAAUCAAUUGCGGUCGGACUCCCUCUAGUCAUUUGUCUGUCUUAAUUAUUUAAUCAAACCGUGUGCUUAAAGCGUCAGACAAGCUAAGUGCAUAUAGUUAAUUUGAUUAAAACACAGGAUGUGUAUGUAAACUCAGCAAAAAAAGAAACUGUCUUUCAAAUAUAAUUUGUAAAAAUCCAAAUAACUUCACAGAUCUUCAUUUUAAAGGGUUUAAACACUGUUUCCCAUGCUUGUUCAAUGAACCAUAAACAAUUAAUGAACAUGCAGCUGUGGAAUGGUCGUUAAGACACUAACAGCUUACAGACGGUAGGCAAUUAAGGUCACAGGUAUGAAAACUUAGGACACUAAAGAGGCCUUUCUACUGACUCUGAAAAACACCAAAAGAAUGAUGCCAGUGUCCCUGCUCAUCUGCGUGAACGUGCCUUAGGCAUGCUGCAAGGAGGCAUGAGGACUGCAGAUGUGGCCAGGGCAAUAAAUUGCAAUGUCCCUACUGUGAGACGCCUAAGACAGCGCUACAGGGAGACAUGACGGACAGCUGAUCGUCCUCGCAGUGGCAGACCACGUGUAACAACACCUGCACAGGAUCGGUACAUCCGAACAUCACACCUGCGGGACAGGUACAGGAGGGCAAAAACAACUGCCCGAGUUACACCAGGAAUGCACAAUCCCUCCCUCAGUGCUCAGACUGUCCGCAAUAGGCUGAGAGAGGCUGGACUGAGGGCUUGUAGGCCUGUUGUAAGGCAGGUCCUCACCAGACAUCACCGGCAACAACGUUGCCUAUGGGCACAAACCCACCGUCGCUGGACCAGACAGGACUGGCAAAAAGUGCUCUUCACUGAUGAGUCGCGGUUUUGUCUCACCAGGGGUGAUGGUCAGAUUCUCGUUUAUUGUCGAAGGAAUGAGCGUUACACCGAGGCCUGUACUCUGGAGCGGGAUCGAUUUGGAGGUGGAGGGUCCUCAUGGUCUGGGGCGAUGUGUCACAGCAUCAUUGGACUGAGCUUGUUGUAAUUGCAGGCAAUCUCAACGCUGUGUGUUACAGGGAAGAAAUCCUCCUCCCUCAUGUGGUACCCUUCCUGCAGGCUCAUCCUGACAUGACCCUCCAGCAUGACAAUGCCACCAGCCAUACUGCUCAUUCUGUGCGUGAUUUCCUGCAUUUCCUGCAUGUCAGUGUUCUGCCAUGGCCAUGGUCUGGGACCUGUUGGAUCGGAGCGUGAGGGCUAGGGCCAUUCCCCCCCAGAAAUGUCCGGGAACUUGCAGGUGCCUUGGUGGAAGAGUGGGGUAACAUCUCACAGCAAGAACUGGCAAAUCUGGUGCAGUCCAUGAGGAGGAGAUGCACUGCAGUACUUAAUGCAGCUGGUGGCCACACCAGAUACUGACUGUUACUUUUGAUUUUGACCCCCCUUUGUUCAGGGACACAUUCCAUUUCUGUUAGUCACAUGUCUGUGGAACUUGGCAGUUUAUGUCUCAGUUGUUGAAUCUUGUUAUGUUCAUACAAAUAUUUAGACAUGUUAAGUUUGCUGAAAAUAAACGCAGUUGACAGUGAGAGGACGUUUCUUUUUUUGCUGAGUUUAUAGAUAUGGAAAAAUACACAUUUUGAAAUUUCAACCAAUCGAUUGGUCGAAAGAACAGACGACUCUCGAAGAAAAUGACUCUCAUUCUGUGACACAACAUGUGUUCUGUCUUAAAUGACACCCUAUUCCCUAUAUAGUGCACUACUUUCGACGUCAAAAGUAGUGUACUAUGUAGGGAAUAGGGUGCCAUUUGUGACACAAUCUUGGUUUACAUUUGACUUUCCCAUCUGCAGGCUAAUCCUAGUAUGAAUUUAUACUACAAAACCUUCAGUGAUCCUCUCUACGUCUGCAUGUUCAAAAUGCUGAGGGACGCCCUGUAUUACAUUAAAGGUAAGCGAACAGGUCCCACUGCUCCUCUCCCACUGUUUUGCAGUUAUUUAUGAUCAUGCUAAGCUGUAGCGAAUCCCUGGAUUCAUAGACCUCUUUGUAGAUAUCAAUAAGAUUAAAUCAAUUUGGGUGAACCAUUCCUUUUUAAAGUGCAUUAAUUUCUGCGUUCUCAGCCUUGCAGCAGUGAUUUGUGAUGGAGGAAAAUGACGAUGUAUUACAUGUGAUUGUGAAUGUGUAAUAAUGGUGUAAUGUGUUCUAAGCCCUCCACCCGGGGUUCGUCAGGGAGGUGCACGACUUUGUGCUGGAGCAGUUCAGCAGCAGCCAGUCCGAGCUGCAGAGGGUGCUCCAUGAUGCAGGGGGGCUGCCGGGGGAGCCCAACCCUCUUAAACUCCGUUGCCAGGCCAACGCAGCCUGCGUGGACCUCAUGGUGUGGGCCGUGAAAGACGAGCAAGGUAAUUAGUCACAGCAACGCCUGAUAACGCAUUGCUUCUCAGCAUAUGGUGUUAUCACAUCUUCGAUAUUGGGUAAUGUUGUACAGUGGGGAAAAAAAGUAUUUAGUCAGCCACCAAUUGUGCAAGUUCUCCCACUUAAAAAGAUGAGAGAGGCCUGUAAUUUUCAUCAUAGGUACAUGUCAACUAUGACAGACAAAUUGAGAAAAAAAAUCCAGAAAAUCACAUUGUAGGAUUUUUUAUGAUUUUAUUUGCAAAUUAUGGUGGAAAAUAAGUAUUUGGUCACCUACAAACAAGGAAGAUUUCUGGCUCUCACAGACCUGUAACUUCUUUUUUAAGAGGCUCCUCUGUCCUCCACUCGUUACCUGUAUUAAUGGCACCUGUUUGAACUUGUUAUCAGUAUAAAAGACACCUGUCCAAACCUCAAACAGUCACACUCCAAACUCCACUAUGGCCAAGACCAAAGAGCUGUCAAAGGACACCAGAAACAAAUUGUAGACCUGCACCAGGCUGGGAAGACUGAAUCUGCAAUAGGUAAGCAGCUUGGUUUGAAGAAAUCAACUGUGGGAGCAAUUAUUAGGAAAUGGAAGACAUACAAGACCACUGAUAAUCUCCCUCGAUCUGGGGCUCCACGCAAGAUCUCACCCCGUGGGGUCAAAAUGAUCACAAGAACGGUGAGCAAAAAUCCCAGAACCACACAGGGGGACCUAGUGAAUGACCUGCAGAGAGCUGGGACCAAAGUAACAAAGCCUACCAUGAGUAACACACUACGCCGCCAGGGACUCAAAUCCUGCAGUGCCAGACGUGUCCCCCUGCUUAAGCCAGUACAUGUCCAGGCCCGUCUGAAGUUUGCUAGAGUGCAUUUGGAUGAUCCAAAAGAGGAUUGGGAGAAUGUCAUAUGGUCAGAUGAAACCAAACCAACUCGUCGUGGUUGGAGGACAAAGAAUGCUGAGUUGCAUCCAAAGAACACCAUACCUACUGUGAAGCAUGGGGGUGGAAACAUCAUGCUUUGGGGCUGUUUUUCAGCAAAGGGACCAGGACGACUGAUCCGUGUAAAGGAAAGAAUGAAUGGGGCCAUGUAUCGUGAGAUUUUGAGUGAAAACCUCCUUCCAUCAGCAAGGGCAUUGAAGAUGAAACGUGGCUGGGUCUUUCAGCAUGACAAUGAUCCCAAACACACCGCCCGGGCAACGAAGGAGUGGCUUCGUAAGAAGCAUUUCAAGGUCCUGGAGUGGCCUAGCCAGUCUCCAGAUCUCAACCCCAUAGAAAAUCUUUGGAGGGAGUUGAAAGUCCGUGUUGCCCAGCGACAGCCCCAAAACAUCACUGCUUUAGAGGAGAUCUGCAUGGAGGAAUGGGCCAAAAUACCAGCAACAGUGUGUGAAAACCUUGUGAAGACUUACAGAAAACGUUUGACCUGUGUCAUUGCCAACAAAGGGUAUAUAACAAAGUAUUGAGAAACUUUUGUUAUUGACCAAAUACUUAUUUUCCACCAUAAUUUGCAAAUAAAUUCAUUAAAAAUCCUACAAUGUGAUUUUCUGGAAAAAAAAAUCUCAUUUUGUCUGUCAUAGUUGAUGUGUACCUAUGAUGAAAAUUACAGGCCUCUCUCAUCUUUUUAAGUGGGAGAACUUGCACAAUUGGUGGCUGACUAAAUGCUUUUUUCCCCCACUGUAGCUCUCAAAUAAGGUCAGAAUCAUCUUAACUUCAGUACAUGCAGCAACAUGUCAAAAGGUCAGAGCCAUACAGUUUGAUUAAUCAUCCACCAUGUGGGCAAUAGCAUUCAUGCUUUAUGUGUCCCGAUGGGCCUUCUAUUGCCAUGGGCCACUAUUUUAGUGUCCCUAGAGCUUUAAUAACAGCAGCCUACCUCCUCUUUCUUCCCUUUUGUGCUCGUAGGAGCCGAGAAUCUGUGCAUCAAACUUUCCGAGAAGCUGCAGUCUAAGACCUCCAGUAAAGUCAUUAUCGCACACAUGCCCCUCCUCAUCUGCUGUCUACAG